AUGUCGAUGAUUCCCUAUUUCUACGACCUCGAAAGACCGUUCCGUAUGAUGGAGAGGGAUUUCUACAGACCCGCGAGUUUCUUCGGCUAUUCUCCAUUCAACCAGAUGAUGUCACGGGACUUCUUCGGUCCAUCGUUCUUGAAGCCAUGGGAAAACAUUAUCAGGCCCAUGGAACAACUCACAUCAUCAAUGAAUCAGCUGGCACUGAACGGACCGAGCAAAAUAACUUCGGACGACGAGAAAUUUCAAGUGAACGUCGACGUCCAACAUUUUGCACCGGAGGAAAUAAACGUGAAAGUGGUUGAUGGCCAAGUUCUGAUUGAAGGGAAGCAUGAAGAGAAGCAGGAUGAACAUGGGUUUGUGUCUCGGCAGUUCAUAAGGCGUUAUGCUCUUCCAAAGGGUUGCUUACCUGACACUGUGGAGUCAAAAUUAUCGUCUGAUGGCGUCUUAACAGUGACUGCACCAAAAGUUCUACCCCUGCCUUCUACUGGUGAGAAGAUCGUGCCAAUUACCCAAACAGGACCCGUCAAGAAGCAAAUAGGAUCACCAGAUCCCAUUAAGGAGGAGUCCUAA